GUGCCAGAUCUGUAAUUCUGGCCAUGAAUAUACUGGGUGAUAACGUUUGCCGGAUCCGUAAAGCUUAUGACAUAAAUGGGAAUUGUCAAGUGGCCAAUGUGUGGAGCAGAUUCCAAUAGUAUCGUUUAGUAUUAUACUAUUAUGUAUUCAAAAUAACAAAAGCAAAAUUUGAUAUUUAAUUACAUUAAAAAUUUGGAGACUGUCUCGUCGAAUUAGGUGUGAAUAAUAAUGUAUAAAAAGAUUUAUUAUGAAAUUUUAACAAGAGAUUCUUUGAGCUUAUUCCAAUGUAUUAUUAUACUCAUUUUUAAAUUUAAUUAAAAAUCGUAAAAAUCAAACUCGUCAAAUUAAACCAUUAAAUUAUGUAUACAUCAAGAAAUCUAUUAUUAAAAUAUUAAAUUUUAACAAGAAAUUUCUUGAGCGUAUUCCAAUGUUAUAUCAUUUAGCAUUGUUGCUGUUUAAAAUUAUACGCAAGCAUUAUAUAGCGUUUGAUGCAUUAAAAAUUACAAUCUUUGGAUUAUCAUUAUCAAAUUAUUAUAGAUAUGAAUAUGUACAAACAAGAGUUUCAAAGUUAAAUUUUGUCGAAAGAUUCUUUCAAAUUCGUCGCCAUUUACAAAUAUAAAAAACCCAAGAGAUAAAAUGAGGCACCCUAUAGAGGAAUCCUAUAUAGAGGUGUUAUUGCGAGAGGAGAUCUUUGAAUCACUUUGUUCCCGUUUUAAGCAUCUGUGACCUAUCUUUUUGUUUCUUUUUGGAAGGUUAAUGCAGCAGUACAUGAGGAUGAAAAAUGAAGAGAUGCUCGGAUACUAUUCGAGUGUUUUACGUGUGAAAAAUGAAUGCAAAAUACGAAUGCAAGCUCAAAGUAUACGGUCAAAAUUUUGUGAGUUAGAAAGGAUGAAUGUAGGCUAAGAUAAUAUUAAAUAGUAAAUGUAAUAUUAGCGUGUUAAUAUAUAUUUUCUCUAAAUAAAAAUAUAUAUAUGUAUAUAUAUAUUUUUUUCUUUUAUAUUUAUUAAUAUAAUUUAUGUUUAAUCUUAUCUUUUAUUAAUUAUAUAUGUAAUAACAUGAUCUUUUCUUAUUUGUUAUUUUAAAUAAUAAAAUGGGAUAAAUAUAGCAUGAAAUAGUUAAUAUAUUAAAAGUAAACAUACGAUAUUCGAAAAUAUUUAUAAAAAGUUAUGAAUUUAACUUAUUGAUAUUAAAGUUCACUUAUGUUACAUAUAAUAUUAAUAAUCAUGAUAAAACAAAUUUCUUAUUUGAAAGUCCGCCAUUUGCCUUUCUACUUGAAGAUACUCGCAAGUGCGAAAAUUAAAGCAGAGAACUUCAGACGUGUUAAUUAAUAAUUGUGUUUCAAGACAAAAAUAUAUUUUAAAAUAUGGAUAAUGUAAACAUAUAAGUCAUUUCACGUCAUAAUUUAAUUAUUAUUCAAAUUUUUUAUUUGAAAACUUGCUGUCUUUCUUAUAUUUGAAGACAAUUGCAAACGUGAAAAUUAAAGUAGAUAAUUUCAGACGUGCGUCUCGCGUUAAUUGAUAAUUUUACUCCAAGGCGAGAGCACACGUAUCUCAAAUUAUGGAUGAGAAAAACAUACCAAGCAUGCAAGAUGUCUCUCAAUUAGAGCGACAAUUCCGUGAAAAAUUCUACGAGUUACAAAGCAACACGGAUACUCUACAGACAAUGCAGAAGGAACUUCUGGCAGCUCGUCACGCUUUAUACAGCAAAGAGUUGGAAUUGGAAAAAGAGCGCGGUAUUUCUCACGAAUUAAGGAUGCGUUUGAGAGCGGUCACGGAGAUGGUGAACGAAUCGCAGCAGCAGCAAACAAAAAAUCAGGUCGAAAGCGUUCAGCUGCGAAUAAAAUACGACGCGAUGGCAAAGCAAUGCGAAUCCCUGACGAGUCAGGCCGUGACCGCGAAGAUACGCGAGGCCGAGUGUACAUUAAAAAUUCGAAGCUUAGAGGAAAAGCUGAGUCAGAAGGAUGCGAGCAACAAAAUAAUGGAACAGGCUUUAAAGAAGCUCCAACAUGAUAAUUUGCGCGUUAUUAACACUAUCGAUCACAAUAUCGCGAAACUUAAAGAGGAGCAUCAAUAUCUGCAAAAAUUUUGCGAACAGAUUAUUAGCCUCAAUCAACGCUUACAAGCAGUGGGUCUAUGCACGCACGCGAUACAUCAAAAGGAUAAAACGAGAAUUAAAGAUUUGGAAUGUAUGCUAGCUUCGAUGACGAUCAGGAACGCAGAUUCCGCAGAAGAAUCUAAAAAUUACGGCACUUAUGCAAAGAUAGGAAAAUCAUCUCCACCAUCCAUAUGAAGAACAACACAGGAUAGGAUUUUAUCAAUAAAUAUACUGACACAUGUUAUAUACAGGAUUAAUAAAAAAUGUAUUAUAAUAAUCGUUCGUAUAUUUAAGUAUAAGUUGAACAAGUUCGGAUGGUAAAAAUGCAAACUUACAGGACACGUCAUGACAACUAGCAAACGAAAGAAAUUUGUUUUCUUUUUCUUUUCUUUUUUUAAAUACAGAUCCCUGUAAACGAAUCUACUUCCAUAUGCAAAGUAAAUCCGUCGGAAGAUAAAUUUCGCGUAUUCAUGCUCGUCACUCUCUCGUUUUCUUUCUUUUAGACCUAAUAAAAAUUCUAUGACUAUUCGUGAUAUAACAAAAUUGUCUCUAUAAAGUUCUUGUUCAAUUCAUCACAAGGCAUUUUAGUUACAUCAGCUCUAGUACACUUUACGUUUUUCCCAUUAAUUUUGUGAAAAAGCUAUAUUUGCUUAAUAACAGUAUAAAAACGAUCGUGAUACCUAUACUGCUUAAUCUUAUUUAUUUUUUCUUACUUUUAGUCAUUGUAUGUGAUGUUGUACGGUGUGUGAUGUAUGUUUCUAAAUAUAUUUUUUUUCAUAGACAUAUGGUCCUCUGAUAAAAAAGAAACACACACAAUGUAAAUCGCAAUGAAAUAUGAAUUGCAGAAUUUCGUGCAUAAAAAAUUGUAUACUUUAUCUCAUUGCCAUAAAAAUUAAGUAACAUGUACUUUUACACUUAAAAGUGAUUUUUCGAUAAAAACAAAUCAACCAUUACCUUUGAUAAGAAAACCAGAGGAGAAGUUAAAUAUAUUUAAAAUAUCAUAUGUGACACGAUAUUUUCAUCUGAUUUAAUAAAUUACCUUAUAAAUUUUUAAGAGACACAAUAAGAUACAGAUCACAUUGUUAGAUCCCAGUCAACUUAAAUUGCCACGAAACUAUCUCACCUAAGUUCAUUUAAUUACACUGAUUAACAAGUAGAAUAUUUGCAUAACAAACUGUAGAGCAGUUGCAUCAACUAAAACAACACGCGCACACAAUUCUCUCUUCUUAUACAACAUAAAAAGUUUUAAUACUUUCUCCUCUGAG